UUGACGGUUCCAUACCGACCUAACUCAUGGCGACACAAUCACUACUUCACAGGUAUAUUGUUCUCCUUUUGCUCCAUUCUCAAGAGAGGAGCAAAACACAAACUAGCUAGCGACAAUGGCCAGCGGAGGUGAUGAGCUGAAGCUUCUCGGCAUGUGGGCAAGCCCUUUUGCUGUGCGAGUGAGACUCGCUCUCAGCUUUAAGGGCCUCAGAUACGAGUACAUCGAGGAGGACCUUAGCAACAAGAGCGACCUCCUCCUCAGCUCCAACCCGGUGCACAAGAAGGUGCCCGUGCUCAUCCACAACGGCAAGCCUGUCUGCGAGUCACAGAUCAUCGUGGAGUAUAUCGAUGAAGUCUUUAGGGGCAAAGGCCUCUCCCUCAUCCCUGCUGACCCCUACGAACGUGCCAGGGCACGUUUCUGGGCAGCCUUCAUGGACGACAAGCUGUUGGCCUCAUGGGUGCAGGCUGCCAGGGGCAAGACAGUGGAGGAGAAGAUGGAGCUCUUGAAACCUACGUUCGCAGCAGUCGAGACUCUAGAGGCAGCCUUUAGGGAGUGCUCCAAGGGGAGGCCCUUCUUCGGCGGCGAUAACGUCGGGUACUUGGAUGUCAUGGUUGGGGCCCUAGUAGCAUGGGUGCAUGCCGCCGAGGCACGCCAUGGAUUGAAGCUCUUUGACGCCUCUAGGAGCCCGCUCCUCAACGCUUGGGUAGACCGCUUCAGCAAGCUGGAUGAGACGAAGGCGCUCCUGCCAGACAUUAGAAAGCUAGUCGAGUACGCAAAUAUGAGGGAGGCCCAAGCUGCAGCCAGAAUGGCCGGAGGACGAGAUGAGCUGAAGCUACUGGGGACGUGGACGAGCCCGUUUGUGAUCAAAGUGAAGCUUGCGCUCAGCUUCAAGGGCCUGAGCUAUGAGAACGUGGAGGAGGAGGACCUCUACUACAACAAGAGCGAGCUGCUCCUCAAGUCCAACACGGUGCAAAAGAAGGUGCCUGUGCUCCUCCACAGCGGUAAGCCCAUCUGCGAAUCUCAGCUCAUCGUGCAAUACAUCGACGAGGCCUUCCGCACAGAGGCCCCCUCGCUGCUCCCUGUUGAGCCCUCCGAACGUGCCAUGGCUCGCUUCUGGGCCACCUACAUUGACGACAAGUUGUUUGCCUCGACGUUCCGAGCUGGUAGGGCCAAGACGGGGGAGGAGCAAGCGGAGGCACUAAAGGAGACGUUCGCGGCGGUGGAGACCCUGGCGGCAACCUUCAAGGAGUGCUCCAAGGGGAAGCCCUUCUUCGGAGGGGAGAACGUGGGGUACUUGGACAUCGUGCUUGGGGGCCUCAUACCGUUGGUGUAUGUGGGCAAGGCACGGUGUGGCAUCAAGCUCUUUGACGACACCAGAAGCCCGCUCUCGGAGGCGUGGGUGGAGCGCUUUGGUGCUUUAGAUGCCACAAAGGCAAUCCUGCCAGAGGUCGACAAGCUGAUCGAGUACAGCAAGGCGAAGCAAGCACGAGCUGCAGCCAUGUCCGCAGCAGCAAGCAACUAA